AGUGCCAUGACCGAUAAACACUCCAUACAAGGCGAUGUAACCGACGAUCCAGCAAUAAACUUUGUUGAACAUGAGUUAAUACCAAAUUUUCAACGUGUCUCCAUUUCGGGAGAAGACACCAGUGGUGUGCCAUUGGAGGAUUUAGAAAGAGCUUCCACUUUAAUUAUACAGGCUCUAGAAAUGCGUUCACGUUACAUGUCCAUUUCGGAACAAUCAUUUCCCACAACAACGUUGCGUUUUUUAAAAACCGUACAUGAAAGUGAUCGUUUUAAUAAGAUUCAAUAUGAAGAUCGUAAAUCUAUAGCGGAAUUAAUCCGCAAGAUCAGUCUACCAAUGAUCCAUUUACCACCCAGAGGUAUUAAAAGAUCUCUCUCUUUCUCUUUCUAUCUCUCGUUUGAAAUUUAUUAAGUUCUUAUCAAUUAUUUUUUUUCUGUUCUGUUCUGUUUUGUUUGUUUAUG